AAGAUGUCCUGCCGCUCGUCUAGCCACACUGGCGGACUGCAUAAGCCAAGAUGGACGACGACGGUUCGCUUGACACUCUCUUGGCACGUGCCACGAAUCCCCUGAGCCGUGACCUAGACCUGGAAGCGGUCCAGCUGCUGUGUGACCGUAUCCUCCUCGACCGAGAAGGUCCAAUCCAGGCACUCCGUUUUCUCGCUCACAAGAUCCAGUCACCACAAGAACGUGAGGCCAUACAAGCACUUCUAGUCCUCGAAGAAUGCACAGCAAGAUGUGGAGGAAAGUUUCAGGACGAAGUGGGCAAGUUUCGGUUCCUGAACGAACUCAUCAAGGUUGUGUCUCCGAAGUACCUCGGGAAUCGCGCCUCGCAAAGGGUGAAGCAGAAGAUCAUCGAAAUCAUGUACCGCUGGAGCAUUGAGCUCAAACACCAUUCCAAGAUCCAAGAGGCGUAUCACAUGCUCAAGCGGCAAGGAGUCAUUGCACUUGAUCCAGUUUACGUCAUUGAUGAUCCAUCGCCCAUUCCACCAGUAGCGCCGAGAUCUCAGAGCACAGUCUUUGAAGAUGAGGAAAAGUCUCAGAUGCUUCAAAAGCUACUUCAGAGCAAGAACCCUGAGGAUCUACAAGCCGCCAACAGACUCAUCAAGAGUAUGGUGAAAGAGGCGGACCGGCGCAUGGAGUUGCUAGCACGGAGAACAACGGAAAUCGAGACUGUUCACAACAAUGCCAAAGUGCUGAAGGACAUGCUGAACAAUUACAGGCCACAGGAAACAUCGUCAGAAGAGAAAGAGCUCAUGAAAGAGCUGUUUGAAAGCUGCGAACGACUUCGACCAAAGCUCUUCAGGCUUGCUGGUGAAAUGGAAGAGAAAGAUGAAGGACUCAAUGAAAUUUUGACCGCCAACGACGAACUGACUACAGUUAUCAAUAUCUACAAGAAAGCCAUGGGCCUCGAAUCAUCCGUAGUCAACGGAAGCACUGCUGCGACUGCGGAAGUUCCUAAUACAGAUCGAGCAACAUCGCAGACAGUAUCAGCAUCGUUGUUAGACCUGUGCUCUCCGCAGAAGACGGAAGCACCGACUCGUCCUAGUCCUUCGACACUCCUGAAGACAGACCUGUCACUACUAGAUGACCAACUUCUAGCCUUAGGCAUCAAUGAUAGCCCAGAGGAACCGAGCACCUUGUCCGACUGGGGUCGAAUCUUGGGCAGCAGCGUCGGCCAGACGGUGACACAUUCCAGCUUCACGAUGGGUGGCAUUUCAAGUCGGGCUGCCACUCAGGGUACUGCAGCUGGCAGUGGACCUCCCAAGUACUCCCCCGUGCAUGUUGCUUCCUCGGUCAUGGUUCCCAUCAGCAACCCCUAUCGACCACCAGUCACCAGUGCUCCAGCCACCAUCUCUACUAUUGGCAGCACGGGCCUGCCACCAGCAAAGUCGAAAGGCCUAGAAGAAUUGGAUGCUCUGGGGCAGUCCUUGAUACGGCAAGCACUGCCUCAUCAUCCCAGCUCUCAGGGCGACUUCCCAGGCACUCCUCAACGAAUUCCUCUGAAUCAAAUGCCUAAGCAAAUGGCACAACAUCAGAACCAGCAAACAAAUGGAGCACCCGGUGCACCGCCCCUCUUGUUUGGAGGUCCAGUAACCUCAACAGCAGCCCUCUUGGAUCUGCCUUCUGCUGUUGCAGACUCUCCUAACAAGGGCCCUGAUUCCCUUGUGCUGGCAGAUGUAUUCGUCCCACUGGAAUCAGUACAACCAGGUACACAGAAGCCGCUGACAUUACACGACACAAAUGGGGUCAAAGUGAUAAUUCACUUCACAAAAAAUGUCCCACGACCCGAUGUUUUUGUGAUGGUGGUCUCAACGAUGAGUCAAAAUGCAAGCCCAGUGAAAAAUGUAGUCUUCCAAGCAGCUGUACCCAAGACAAUGAGGAUAAAAAUGCAGCCACCUUCGGCGACAGAGCUACCUCCGCAUAAUCCCAUUCUGCCAACAGCUGCCAUAACACAGGUUAUGCUCCUUGCAAAUUCCACAAAGGAAAAAGUGCGAAUGAAAUACAAGAUAAGCUACGUCAUAGACGAAGUGAACUACACUGGGUCCGGAGAAGUGGACAGCCUUCUAGAGCCAUCGCCUGCUACAAGUUCGUGAUAAAGCUUCUACCAAAAAGUGGACGACGUAGGCCUUCAGGGCAAUAAAGACAGCCUCCAGCAGCAAGUGUCGACCGGGCGAGCACCGAGCUAAUCUGAUCUCAUGGUGAUGCUUGUCCACCACCCAUAACGGCUAACUUUUCUUCUCGUUUGUAUUAAAAGGCUGAUGGCGCCGUGCACUUACAGUGCGGAUGUGUGAAGGAAUCGAGGUAUUGUGAGGGAUGUACAGUUAGAGCUAGAACGUGAAUAUAACUUGCGUUUGCCGUAUGCGUGGAUAAAUUUCUGUUUGCAAGCUUCGACAGCGUUCUGCUUGUAGUUUCAUAUUGCGCAAUGUAGCGACGCAGUAUGGCGGCUAGUGAAGUAGAUUUGGCUGAUAAAAAUGCUCACCUCAAGUUUCUAUUGUGGUUUGAGCUAGGUUGCUGCAGUGGAGCUGGUUAUAACGAUACAUCACAAAAUUGCAAAACGUGACCUAACGAAUCAAAUGUAAAUGAAAACCGCAGUUAUGUCUCAAGAAUGUUGCCUCCUAAGGGAAACCUUCCUACACUUUGGUCGAUUAGUGUGACGAGUGCUGGGUCGAGGCCACUGCAUGUGGAUCACGUGACACACUUCCCGCAGGAAGGAGUAUCAUACUUUCCGGUGUAUAACUCACCCCCCCCCCCCCCCCCAAAAAGAAAAAAAAAAAAAUCAGAAAUUUCAACAAAGUUCGAUGUAUCACACGCACCACAGUCCCAAAAAUCCCUAUGUUGUACUAUUCAGCAGGAACUAGAUUCUACGUUGGAACUAGAAACUCCAAAACCAAAAUGUGCACCUUGAAUUCAAGUCACUUAUUGUGUCUUGGGCACGAUCAAACCUGUCCCUAGGCUGACCCAUGUGUGCCAUGUUGUCCUCAGUCAUGAACAAUUGCUGCAGAAAAAGGUCACUAUCCAUCCAGCCCAGGACCUGGGAAGCCCAGUGUCAGCCCAAGUUUUUUUUUCUUCUUUUUGUCCGAGGUCAAACCCCUAAUAAUAUCCUAAGAGAUUGGCGCAUUGGACCCUGCGGGAGGCUGUAUUGAGGUUGCAUGGGGCCCUGCAUCCUCCCGGGAAAAAAAAUAGAGCUGAAGCAUAGCUAAGGCCCCUGGUUUUCUGCUGUGGCUAAUUCAAAGUUCUGUGGCACAGACUUGUAAAUUCCGCAAUUUUUCGUUGCAAGCAGUCAACGGCUGCUUGAGAAACGCUGACUGAAAACUUGCUGAAAUGAGAAACACUUUAUUUUCUUGGAUAAUGUGGGAACAAAAAUGUUUUACAAAAUUACAGAUUGAAAGCACUGUUGUAGCUCACCAUUACAUACAUGAUAUCUUGUGUUUUCCUCUGUGAAAGACAAAGGUGUGUCACCUGCAAUCAUUAAAUACUUGGUAAAACAUCUUUCAACAUCUACAGAGUUUAUAGGAACUUUAUAGGAAGGAGCUUACAAAAGAUGCCCUGUGGAAGUUAAGGGACACCUUUUUUUUUUUUCUCGGCUGUAGGCAUUAUUUAAAAGUCUUUAAAGGCGAACUUCCACACAUCUAAUGAAAAUCCCCCACUGCCACCGCUAAAUUGCACACGGGAGGGACGCCGCCCCUUCCUCAUGCGAGGUAUGCACAAUAAACUUGCGCUAACGUUAUCUUAAGCUAAACUACAAUCUUUCUGUGCUGGUCCUGCAGCAUGUAAAGCAGGCUUCACCUCAUGCAGGGAAGCUUCAGGUGAAGCCCACUGUCGGGAGGUGUCGUCCCUAUUCGGCGAAUAGUCGGGCAUUCGGAAAUCCGAAUAUUGGGUAUUCGAUUCGCGAAUGGAAUACUUCGAGAGAUUGAUAUUUGAUUCGAAUUCGAGAACUCUAAGAUCCGUACAACCCUAAAAAUAAGGGAUUCCGUGAAAUUCCAUGCCAAACGAAGGAUUGGCGGAAAACCCGGGCCUUAUGCAUAAUACACAUCGGUAGGUAACGCGCGGUGCCCUUUUGCAACACUUUUUCAAUGUACAGUGUGUUGUCCACCGGAAAAUAUGGUACUAUGGCUUAAAGGGUUUCGACAUCCAUGUAUACAUAAAUGUGUGUAUAUUCCAUGUUAUGCCAAAUAGUUCAAUGUUAAAAACAUCUAUUUGCAAAUAUGAACCUGCAUUCAAAGCUUCAGAGCAAAGGGCGUAAGAAGGCACGUCGAAAACUGGCAUCGUAAAUACUGCAACUCAUCCAGCUCUGUCAUGACUGCGGGCGUCCCACCCACCCAGUCAGGCAGUGUGGGAGACGUGCCUACGACCAUAGCUCUCGCUCUUCCCAUGUCAGCGCAUGGGGUUGGGCUUAUCUGGAAGUCCGAGCCUGGCCAUCCCCACUACAUCUGGCAGCCUGGGACAGGCUAUGGGCAGGGAUAGGGCUAGGGACUGAGCUACGCCACUGGUAGUUAGCCACAGCCAACUUGACGACCCGUACAGAGCUCUAGCGUGUGAUGCUUGCGAGGGUUUAUAUCCCGCAAAGCACGACACAUGCGUAAAACAAUUCUCUUUUCCUCAAUACUUCGGCAUGUAGAAUUCAUGCAUGGCGUAACGAACCAUGUGUGUCAAUGUGUCACGACCCACUUAAAGGGACGGUUGCAUCCUGAAACCCAUCUAUGAAACUGUUACCACUGUGUUCGGCAACAUGCCUGGCACUGAAAAGGGCAUAGCUAUUAAAUAAACUAAUUGUUCCAGCGGCACUCCCUAAUUGGAGGAGUGAGAGCGUGCAAGAGGAAGGGUGCCCGAAACUCUAUGAGACACCCGCAGGGCCGCAACCUUCCUUUUCUCAAGGUCGCCCCCAUUAUUGGUUCUUAGGGAGUGACGUUUUCUCAUUUUUCCAGAGGGGGAGUUCCGGCACACUCUCAACAUCCGCUGUCUGCUCUUGUCAUGUAUUUCGUAGAAUAACAGCCAAAGAACGGCACUAUUUCACGUGAGAUUUUCGGCACCGUGGUCAGUGGUCCACGAGGAAUAAAACGUCGCUACAAAUGUUGUUUCGAAAUCAACUGGGAUGGAUGCAACCGUCCAUUUAAGAGAAUAGGGAAGUGUUAAAACGUCGUGAGGUACGAGACAUGAAGUUUUUAGGUCAGAUAAACAAUGUAAUCAAUGGUACGCCAACUGCCACUCUAUUCAGUGUCGUCAUAACCAGUUUUCACUGUACAGUCCAGAGGAGGACUCGCUGCAACAGCUGCCUUUGAAAUGGACUUGCUACACCGUAGUUCGGCUACUACGGCUGCGGCUGUUCAGAACACCACUUACGUGGGGUUGGUGCAAGUAAUGUAAAACCCUCUAUGUUUGCAAGCCCCAAAUUUACGCGAAUUUCACAAGGAUGAAAACGCGAGGAUCACAAAUUGAUCCUCCGAAAACUAUGCUAUAAUUUCGAACUCAAUUUUUGCAACUGGUUGCACAAGCUACUAGUAAACUUCGAAACUACAUCGCAGCAUGUGCACGUGCAAUUGUGCUCAAAUGCGACACAGGCAACCUCUGGCUUAUCACGGAGCAAAACAAUCAACUUUUAACCUCCAGAAUUCACAAAAUUUAGUGGCUGCGAACGUGUGCCCUAUGAAAAAUUUGGGUUGCAAAGUUAAAGGGUUUUAUAGUAUUUCGUGUGUGUACAUGUACCAGACGUUGUUGGGAGCAAGCUGAAAAGCACCAGAUGAGCUUAGGCUACAAGUUUAGUAGAAUGGCACUAUCUGUAAAAAACUGGACAGUAUUUCCAAAUCUAGCUCACGUUAUUUUCUGCAUGACAUGAAUAAAAAUUGGGGAUGUCCGAGACAAAUUGCAGUGUUGAGCUUUUCGAAUCUUGCGUGGGAGCAAAAUUAUUGAAAUGGCUUCAGUAUUCAUUCCAAAUGCAUAGAAUAUAUAAUCAAAGCUCUGUUUUUUGUAUGUGUGCAUGCUUUUUAGAUGUUCCAAGAUAUCGGCUAUACACGAUUUCUGUAAUCUCAUUUGAGUACGCUAGACAAAACAAAUCACACGACGGAAAGUUUUAUGUGGUGUAAAGUCCUUUCAACAUUUUAUGAUUCUGUCGUCACGCAUUACGUCAUUGACACAAGCAUCUUUUCACUCGGCACGUGCUUAGAACCAUAUAGGUGUACUGAGGGUUGGAAGUAUGUACUACUGUUAUUUAGCUUAGGACAUUAGGCCAGCCUGAAAAUAAAAAAAAUAAAAAAGUAUAAUCAGUGUUACAGAGCACUGCCCAGGUGGCACUUAUAAAGCCAGUGCUGAAACUGUCUAAAAGACUGUCUGUGGCUUUCUAUUUAUCUUAAUUUUACUUCAAUUGAUAUCUCAUGAGUUACUUUUCUACAGGCAAACCAUAUACUAAUUUGAAAAGUGUUUGUUGUUCCGUUGGGAUCUCAAAGUUCUCAGUUUUCACGUAUUUAGCUUGAAUUACGAAAUUUCCAAUUCGUUAUUAGCACGAUCACUAUUUCAAUUCAUUACUGAAGUUGAGCGUUCCCAACAUUCCAACACGCAAGAGAGUAUCAACUCUGCUGUUCCAAGAUGCAGUGUUUUAUGGAGAACCUACUAACAGAGCAUUGGAGAUUUUUCUUCCACAUUACACGAUUAAGAGAUGCAGCUCUUCCUUGUGGUGCCUCAGAUUUCAGCAGGACUCUUUCAUAUAUACCUGGCCUAGCGUGGCCUAAGCCAACUUGCGGCCCCAGUACACUGGACCUGGCUGUGCGUGCAGUGCUCUGUAACAGUUCUCUUUCUUUUUUACGAGGGCCCGCUGCCCUCGUCAUGCUAGUCAAACAUUACCUUUUCCUUUUUGUUCCCUGGGUAUGAGUGGGUUAUGGAUGACCUACAGACUUUAAAACGUCGUAGGUGUGUGUGUGUCACUUUGUCACGUCUGAGUUUUGUAUAUGUGCCUUUCCAUUGUUAAAAUAAAUGCAAUGUUUUUAUGCA